AUGAUUGCAUUUGGUUCAGAGAGAGAGAAGGAUAAGCCCACCUUAGCAUCUCUGAAUCUUUCCUACACAUGCUUGCGUAGACAAGUGAGAUUGGGAUCAUUUUAUAAUGUUGUUCUGAUUGCCAACUCCUUUAGAUCCUCCUGCCUUGUGGAUAUGACACAAAACAGUGCUCGGUCGCAGAGUAGGCUUUUCACCUUCUUCCUCUCUUCUUCCCCGUCCACCACAACCUGCUGAGCUCCCAUCUUGCAAGCAACUGCCACAGUGAUGGCAUCGUCAUCGGAAUGAGUAGAGGAGGUGAUAGGAGAGAUGGCUGAAGGCUUCAUCGGGUAGUGGAAUUGCAGCUUGCAGUCUCUCUGGAGGGAGGUUGUAAGCCUAAUUUCCAAGAACAGGAUCAUCUUUUCUUUAAUCUUGAAACAUCAGCAUGGAGAUGCCAAGGCAAGAUUUUGGAAAGAUGAUGAGCCAGAAACAAGAUAAGAACAGAGGAUUUGGCUCACCAAUGACUCCUUGUUAUAAGAUCUCAUGAUUCCUUCAUGAGAUAUAUAAAUCUGUCAAAUUGGUCUCCGGAUAGCAAUCUCUCUCUCUCUGUCUCUCUCUCGAUCGAUCGAUCGAUCGAUCGACUUGAUGCAGUUGUUUAUCCAACAUCACCAUAAGGCGAUGGUAAUGGAAUUACAAGUUCUAAGAACCUUAUUAUAUGUCAGCCUAAUGGACUGAUGUUUUCAGGUUCAUCUCUUUACUGCAAACCUUUUGUCUAUAUGCUCUUGAUUCCACAGGAAUGGGCACAAAGCUGCAUCAGAUCAAUAGCCUCUUCACCACCUUGCAGCGGCAGAACUCCAUCGUAGUCUCCGACAACAGACCACCGAAGGCAACAAUGUGUGCUUGGUGAAGUGGUAGAUGGAGAGACUCGCUGAAUGCGACAGCAGAGAUGCUGUCAGGAAUACGAUGUUGAAGCAUGAAGAAAUCUUCAAGCAACAGGUGUACGAACUCCAUCGCCUGUACAAAGAUCAGAAGCUGCGGAUGGCUGAGCUGCGAAACAACGAGUUCACGGAAACCGGGAGCAGAAUCUGGAGCAGUGCCUCUUCCACCUCCAACACCAGCUAUAAUUUGCAGCGGUGUGCAGCUCGAUCGAACGCAGAAGGCAGAGCGCAUGUCAAGGGAUUCGAUCUCGAACAGCCAGCCGAAGAGUGCAGUUCAAAGGGAGCAACGAGCAUCGACGAGGAGACCACAGUGGAUGAAGUUGAAUUGACACUCAGCAUAGGAUGCACUGCAGAGACGAAAAAGAAGAAGAAGACGAAGAAGAAGAAGAAGAAGAAGAAGAAACGAGCACAUUGGAUGGACCCAAGAAAUGCUUACACGCGCUGCUGCUCGGAAGCAGCUCCAAGUGGAGGAAUCGGGUGACUCCUCCUCUGCUGGUUCUUCUUCCUUCUCUUCUGUCAUCGGGAACUGAAGUGAUCCGAUGAUCACAGUGCAUGAGCUUCCCAUCUAACACAUUAUCGAAAUCGAAUUGAAA